AUGGAUCGUCCGUCCGAACUAGGCCCAGAAACCCAUAUCGGCUUGUAUUGUCCCACACGCCCAGACCUGUGUGCUGUGGCCGAGCGUCUCCCCACGUGGUAUCAACACGUUGAUAGCCGAAACAUACGCACACGCGAUGUCACGCUCAAGGAGCCGACAACCAACAUCAAUUGCAUCUCCAAGGGGCGCUGGCUCCAAGCAACCGUGGGCCAAGCUUCAAGGCGGUGGGAAAAGAAGCUGCCGUCGGGAAGUGUCAAUGACUCAAUGCAACAGUGUCAGCUGGACAGAGAGGCUGGGAGCGAUACACAAUGGAGUUCCCAUCCCAAUCCAAUCGGCAAAGAAGAAAACGAGUGGUUGAAGGGUAACAUCGAAGGCGUUGGCUUUGGCUCCUGUUUGGGCGUUGGCGUCGAGCCCAAUUCUUGGCGCGAGGUCCGGGCCGUAACGCGGUUGGGCGGAGCCGUUGACCGGGGUCCGGGGGACGGUCAGAUCCAGUUCACCGGCGCCGGCCACCGAAGGCGCUUUGUGAUGCAACAGGACGGGUGGAGCCCAGAAAUUGAGAAUUCAGGCGUUGAGGACUCGGUGUCGACCAUUUGGAACGAGAGUUCUCGCGUUCUUCAUGCAGGUCGAAGGAGAAACCGGCAAGGGAGACAUUACCAGCACCCGUAUCAUCGCCAGCAUCACCAGCAUUCACCAGCGUCAGUCGAUCCAAACGAUGGAAGUGAUGAGCCAGAACUCAAUGGCCGGGGAUUUCCACAUCUCAAACUUCUCGAAUGGGAUGUUUGGCGCUGCAAGUUUGUGGGGUCGGAAGAAACGGGUGCGGGGCCAGCGAUGCCAAAUCGAGGCCAAUUAGGGCCAGAGUGCUGGCAACCGAUGCUGCCACGUCAAGAGCCUCGAUGGAGCCCCAUCAACGACAACCGAACGACCCAAGCCCGUUUCGACUCGAACGGCUGCAGAUUGGCGAGGCGGGUUGCACAGGACCGAGAUGAGACUGGGACCAGCCAACGGACAACGGAUGCGAUGGCUGCGAUGCAAUGGCUGCAUGGCUACAAUACCGGAACCUCGCGGGCUGCGGGCUGCGGGUUGCAGGCUGGUUACCGCCUGACAAACCGAAGACUCGUCCAAUUCCACCACCGCAACACCAUCCCCAUCUCUCAACCUCGCCCCAAGAUUGGACGCCCAGACCUUCGUGAGACCCACGACAGCGUUCCAUCCAACAAUCGUCAAGAAGAGCAUUAUUGGCUCUCCUUCCCCUUAUCAUUUCUCUCAGCCGGCCCCGUUCCUUUCACGGAAGACCUGCCCAAGCUGGCUACCCCCAAGGUCCGCGGUUCUUCCUCCUCUUACUACACCUCCAGCCGCGCCGCCAAACAACCUCCGGCCCCAUCCGCCUCCGCCUCCUCCUCUAAGCCGAAGAUGGGUUCCCACAUCGACGCCGACCCCACCCAGGCCGUUGACGGGCUGGUACGGGCCAUCCGCGACCUCACCUCGGACCCCAACUACAAGCUAGUAGCCGACGUCUUCAGCGAGUUCCUCUACGUCAAGGAGCAAAACAACAAACUCUCAAGUUCGCACCAGGUCGUCUUGGAGGAGUACCGCAAGUUCCGGAACGAGCUUGAGGAGCAGAAGGGCGAGCUCGUGGACGAGAAGAACGAUCUCGAGCACUUGGUGCAGGAGAAGGUGCAGGAGAUCAUCCAGCUUAGCGCCACCAGGACAAGGUUAGAGGGUGACCUCGAGGAUACACAAAAGGCGCUCGAAGAGAAGAUCGCCGCCGCCGCUGAGGCAGCCGCGACAGCCGCCCAGGAGUAUGCCAACCUCCAGGACACCACCUCCAAGGCGUACGCCGAUCUAGAAGCGAAGGCGGCCAAGGAGCAUUCCGACCUCCAAGAAAAGACGGCAAAGGAGUACGCCGAUCUGGAGGAGAAGAAGGACAAGGAGUAUGCGGAUCUCGACGCGGCGAAGGCUGCGGUUGAGGAAGAGAAGCGGCUUGGCGAGGAGGCUGCUGCCGCCGCCGCUGCUCAGGCCGCAGACGAGAUCGCGGCUCUUACCGAGGCCAAGACGGGUCUCGAGGAGGUCAAGGCCAACAACGAGGCCGAAAUUGAGUCCCUCAAGGGGAAUGUGGCCGAUCUCGAGACUGCCAGGGCGGACCUCGAGCAGGUGAAGGCCGACAACGAAGCCGAGAUCGCUUCGCUGAAGGAGCAGAUCGCGACUUUGGAGGGCGAAAAGAAGGGUCUCGAGGAGGAGCUCGAGGCGGCGAGGCAAGAGAUUGCUUCCCUGAACGAGACCAUUGUUCAGAAGAACAACGAGAUCGAGAGCCUGCAGGAGUCGCUGCGGGCCGCCGAGGAGCAGAUCGCCUCGCUGCAGCAGACGGUCGAGGACAAGAACGCCGAGAUCGAGGAUCUCCACGGCAAGCUCACAGCCGAGGGUGAGCGGGCAAACAGCGCCGAGGCUCACGGCCGGGACCUCCAGUCGCAGCUGGACGAGACAACACAAAGCCUGCAGCUCACCACCCGGAAGCUCACCAACCUCGAGCAGUACCGCCUGGUCCUGCAUAGCGAGAAUGACGACACCUACGUGACGGUCCUCGACAAGAUCUGGACCACGAUCGUAACCCUCGUCGAGGGGACCUUCCGACCGGACAUCGACGAACAAACACUCAACGACCCCUCCUGCUGGACCAACCUGCGCAACUCGCCCUACCUCAAGCACGCCACCCAACUCCAGAUCCCCCUCCCGCAAUCCAACACCCCCGCCGCCAAGGGCAUGCGCAUCAGCGCGGUGCUAGCGGUGCUCUCGCGCGCCAUGCACAAGCACCUCUUCCGGCCCGUGUACCUGCUCGACGACGACGACGAGAACCUGGUCAAGUUCCUGCGUGCCCUCGAGGACGAGGACCCCACGCGCGAGGCCCACAUGCGCGCCACGCUGGUGGCUAUGAUGCCCGAGCGCCAGGUCGAGCAGGGCGCCCGCCGCGUCAAGAUGGUCGUGCGCGAGGUGUCGUGGCUGGUGCAGCAUUUGUUGACCGCGCUGCAGUUUGAGGCGUUUUGUUCCGGGUUGGAGGCCGCGUGUAAGCUGGCCUGUGAGCAGUGGAUGCGUAUUCAGCUGGCGCAGAUGAAGAUCGAGCCGUAUUUUGGUCCACCCUACGAUGACUUCGACUGGCAGGUGUUGGAGCUGCCGGAGUUUGCGGAGGCUGCCGAGGCUAACGCGGGCCACCCGCGCGAUGAUGGGGAUGAUUUUGGGGAUGACCGGCUGGAGACCAUCGAGGCGAGCGAGGUGGGGCGGGCGCCGUCCGACACGGCCGGGGGCGCGGCCGAUGCCGGGUUCCAUGAUGGCGGCGGCGGCAACGCGCUGCGCCACGGGCACGGGCACGACGAGGAGCUGAUGGAUGGGGAGGUGGACCCGGAUGAGAUCCUGCUGGUGGUGUGGCCGAGCAUGUGCGCCGUCGAGAACGGCGAGCUGAUGUCCAUCACGCAGGGGCUGGUCAUCUCCAAGGAGCAGGCGCGCCCCGCGCUCGAGGAGCAGCGCACGCGCUCGCGCAUCAUCCCGCGGCCCGGGUCCAGGCGUGCCCGCACGCUGUCUAUGCCCGGACAGAGCAGGGGGAGCAGCCCGACCCGCGGCAAGCCGACCACCACCCACUUCCUGGCCCAGUCGGUGACGGCGUCCGACCUGGAUGGCCCCGACGACAUUUGA